AUGGCAGACAAUAAUGUGAGAAUUACACGCUCCAACAGCAAACGAAGGACUAAUGAGCAGUCUGGACCAGCAAAGCGCAAACGUUCAAACCAACAGACUGCUGAGGGUCCUGAGUCGGCUACGACUGUUGCGCCGCAGCUCGGAAGCUCAAUGUCGUUCCAUUUGAUUGAGCAUGAGACUAUAGAGAAGUGCAUGGACAUCAUGCUAAGCGUAAAGUCUGUAUAUAUGGAAACUUUGCCGAAGAUGCCACCGAAAUUCAUUAGCAAGAUGAUGUUCGAUGGCGUGCACAAGACUCUGGCGCUGCUGGUGAAUGGAAGCACCAUUGGCGCCAUUUGCUUCCGUCUGUUUCCCGAUGAGGGAUUCACCGAGAUCACCUUUUGCGCUGUGACAAUGGCGAGGCAGAACGAGGGCUUUGGCCGCUAUCUGAUGAAUAUGCUCAAGGACUUUGUGGGCGAGAAGGGCAUUAUGCAUCUGCUCACCCAUGCCGAUUGCAAUGCUGUUGGCUAUUUCAGGAAGCAGGGCUUCUCGGAGAACAUAGGACUGCCGCUUGCCGUUUAUCGGCCCCUUAUCAAGGAAUAUGACAAUGCCAAGCUUAUGCACAUUCACUUGGAGCCCGGCAUAAGAUACACGCAACCCAAGCUGCACCUAAACACUCAUAAUCAUCUCAACAAAGUGGACUCGUUUGAGAUGAGCCUGCUAACCAAUCUACUGGGCACUCUGCUGAAAUACAUUAAGCAGCAAAAGGACGCUUGGCCAUUUCUGCGUCCUGUGAGCACCGCCAUAGCGCCCGGCUACUACGAAUACAUUCAGUAUCCCAUGGAUCUGCAGACCAUGGAGCAGCGCCUGAAGCGUGGCUACUACAUCUCGAGUGAUCUCUUCAUAGCCGACAUGAAGCGCAUCUUCAGCAACUGUCAUCUAUACAAUGAUCCUAACCAGUACACUCGCUGCGCUGACAACUUGGAGUGUUACUUCAAUAAGCAGAUGCGUGGACUGGGCUUGAUGAAGAAGAAUUGA